AUGGCUGUACUACAUGGGUGGAACAAGGUCACCAGAUGCAAGGCUUUCCCUCUCUCACUAGCAGGGCAGGCUCAACAGUGGUUCACUGAGUUACCCGUCGGGCAUAUCCAAUCGUUUGAACAAUUGAAGAAAGAAUUUUUGGAGGCAUUCUCUACUUACAUUCCAAAGAAAAAGAGUGCCAUGUACUUGAUGAGCUUGCAACAGAGGCCAAACGAACCACUAAAACAGUACAUUGAAAGGUUCAAGGCUGCAACACAAGAAGUAAGAGACCUCCCAGUAGGCCUUGCUGCGUCCGCCUUGCUUAAUGGAACUACCUACGCCCCGCUCAGAAGAUCCCUAGCCAAAACCGAACUAAGCUUAAUGACUGAGUUAUUUGCCCGAGCCGAGCAGUUUAUUGUCCAAAUGGAAAUUUUGGAAGCGUGGGAAGGUAAAAGAAGAGGAAGGUCAAGCGAUGUUGGGUCAGACAAAUUAGUGAAGAUGCAGAGAAGAGAGGAGCCUCCCAAGAUGCCAUUCAAGAGCUUCACACCCCUUACUGAGCCAAGGGCCACCAUCCUUUCCUCCAUUGCACAUACCGAGCUCAUCAAUUUUCCGCCGCACACCAACCAGCCAAUGGGUAGGAACAUGGACUCCUUCUGUAAAUUUCACGAGUCCCCAGGGCAUACCACAGAACAGUGCCGAGAACUACGAAAUCAAAUUGAGCAGCUAAUUAGGGAGGGGAAGUUAGAUCGAUUCAUAUUGGAUAAACCAAAGAACCAGCAAGGCAGGAGGGAAGAAUCCAGAAGAAACAACCAGGGAAGAUCCACAUGCCCGAGGGAUGACGCCCCAAAUAGAAGAAAGAACCAACCACCCCAACAAAGAGAAGGAGAAAGAAACAACUCGAGGAAGGAGGAAGAAAGACCUGGUGCAGAAGAUGGAAAUGAACCCGUUAUGGAAAGGAUACAUGUAAUUUCGGGAGGAGAAAACUUGGAAGGAGACUCCUCCUCCUCCAGGAAGGCAUAUGCGCGCCAGGCCUUACACGUUAAUUCAGUGGAGAAGAUCCAAGAAGACGAGGACCCCCUCAUUUUUUGCACUGGAAGACCAAGGAAGUGUGUUGCUCCCCCACGAUGA